AUUUGUUACAAAGCUCGUGUUAUUGUUCUAUUCUUCAAACAAUUACAAAUCAACCUCGAAAUGAGUCAAGAUUAUUCAGAUCAGGGUGGUGCCUAUGGGCAGAGCUAUGGGCAGAGCUAUGGUCAAAGCUAUGCUGCACCUUCAGGACCACAGGCUCCACUGUUUCAGGAUACUAGUGGAGCACCCCCUCCCCCCGCUGCUCAGAGCAUGGUGGACACUGCUCAGAUGCUGGCCGCUAAUCCAAUGCUUACAACAGCUGCUCAGCAUUAUGGCCAAAAUCUGGCAUCAAGAGGACAGGCCUACAUUGACCAAAAUAUGAGCAGGUUUGUGGCCACUUCCCACAUCAAGAAUUACUUUGCUGUGGAUACAAACUAUGUCAUUAAGAAGUUAGGGAUUCUUCUGUUCCCCUUCACUCGCAAGAACUGGAACCCUCAGUACCAGCAGAGUGAGCCAGUCCCCCCCAGGCAAGACCUCAACGCCCCUGACCUCUAUAUACCAGUGAUGGGAUUUCUGACGUACAUCCUAGUCACUGGUCUGGCACUAGGCACACAACAGAAGUUCACUCCUGAGCAGCUGGGAUUGACCGCUAGCUCCCUGUUGGCAUGGCUACUAGCAGAGGUGCUCCUCAUCUGGCUCUGUCUCUAUUUACUGGCUGUCAACACUCAGCUCAAAUGGUUGGACAUCAUUGCUUUCUGUGGCUACAAGUACGUGUGUAUGAUUGUGGUCAUUGCCCUCGGUCUGGUGGGAGGACGCUAUGGCUACUAUGGUGGACUCAGCUACACUGCUCUGGCCAUUGCUUAUUUCCUAGUUCAAUCUCUGCGUCUAUCCAUCCAACCCAACGUGACAGAGGGGGCCAGUAAAGUGAGGAACUACUUCCUACUCGUCAUUGCCAUCCUACAGCCACUGCUCAUGCUCUGGUUGACCUUUGGACUAUUGACCUACUCCGCCAUUGCCGUAGUCAAGAGCGAUGGACUGGACUUAGAGUCCAACAUCAGCUAGGUAGAAUAUUGUGUCCUUUUUUACCUAAUCAUCAGUUUUUUUUUGUCAGAGACAGCAAUGUUGUAGUAUCUAGAUUAUUAUUAUGACAUCAUGAAAUCAUUUAAUUUGAA